AUAAGCGGGCUUCGAACAGUUGCAGUGACAGCAAACAAGAUGUUUUGGCAGGUGGCAUUCGUGAUCGCUCUAGCCGUUGGCCAGGUUCCAGCUAGGCCUGAGGCGGAUUUAAAAGUAGACUAUGUCGAAAACGUCCGCAGCAGUUCUGGCUCCCGCAUCGUGUCGGGCUGGGAGGCGUACCCGGGACAGCACCCGCACCACGUGUCGCUGCGCAUGGUCAACCCCGACGGCGCCGCCUUCAGCUGCGGAGGCUCCCUGGUCUCCCACAACUGGGUCAUUUCCGCUGCGCACUGCACUGCUUUACGAGCGAUGAUCCUGAUCCGCGCGGGCGUGAUCCAGGUGGCCAACCCGGAGUUCGCGGUGGAGACGACGGAGUGGUACAACUACCCGUCGUUUGUGGACCAGCUGGCCGCGUUCGUGGUACAGCCCAAUGACAUCUCGCUGGUCAAGGCGCCGGUCGACAUACCCUACACCCGGCUGACGCAGCCGAUCCGCAUCGCACCACGCGCCGACGCUCUCCGCAACUACGACGGAGAAAAGCUCAUCGCUAGCGGCCACGGAGUCACCAUGACUGGGGGCAGCGUGCCUGUCAACUUGAACUGGGUGUACCUGCGAGGUAUUGAUAACGAGCAGUGCGAGGGCACAUUCGGCGCUGCCGUCAUCACCGACAACGCCGUCUGCACGCGCUCCUACAACGUCACCAGCCAGUCCACUUGCCACGGCGACAGCGGCGGGCCCCUGGUGCUGGUGGGCAGCGACGGAGUCCCCAGCCUGAUCGGCGUGGCUUCCUUCGUGGCCGGCGCCGCGCACGGCGGCUGCCACUCCGGACUACCCGCAGCGUUCGUCCGCACCAGCCCCUUCCACGACUGGUAUACCGACAUCACCGGCAUCGACUUUGAUAACGUGAGCGACGGCGAGACUGAGUCGCCGCCCACUGACGCACCUACCACCACCCCUGAGCCUACCACUACUCCUGAGCAUACCACCACUACUCCUGAGCAUACCACCACUACUCCUGAGCAUACCACCACUACCCCUGGGCCUACCACCACUACUCCUGAGCAUACCACCACCACCCAGGCCCCUGUGACUACCCCCGAGCCGGAAGAAUCUGAAGAAUCACCAGAAGAAUCCGAAGAAAAACCGGAAGAAUCGGAAGAAACUCCAGAAGAGUCGAACGAAGACUCAAAUGAUGGCUCCGAAGAAGAUUCCAGCGAUAUAGAUUCAGACGAAGACGAGGAUGACAAAGAAUUAUCUGAGCUUCUCAAGAAACUGGAAGUGCUCGUGAAAGUCAAGGUCAAGAUGAGCAAGCACGGCAACAAACACGUCAUCAACCACGACAAGCACAUCACGCACCGACGAUGGAUUCAAGUGUCGCGAAUAUACCUACGCGGAGCUUUGCGGCGGGUGGAGGGAACAGUGGGAUCAAACAUGUCGUGGAAGGUGGUAUUCGUGGUCGCUCUAGCUGUGACUCAGGUCCCAGCAAGACCAGACGUAGCCCAACUAGCAGAGCCUAGCUAUGUAGAAAAUGUCCGCAUCAAUGACGGUUCUCGCAUCGUGUCGGGCUGGGAGGCGUACCCGGGACAGCACCCGCACCACGUGUCGCUGCGCAUGGUCAACCCCGACGGCGCCGCCUUCAGCUGUGGAGGCUCCCUCGUCGCCGAGAACUGGGUCAUCUCUGCCGCUCAUUGCACUGCUGGGCGUGCAAGUAUUCUAGUCCGCGCUGGUGUAGUGGAUGUGUCCCAUCCAGAAUUCACCUCCGAGACUACAGAGUGGUACAACUACCCCACGUUUGUCGAGGAAAUGCCUCAGGUCGUGCAGCCCAAUGAUAUCUCACUUGUGAAAAUGCAAGAUUCUGUUACGUAUACCAGGCUCACUCAGAGAAUCCGUAUUCAACCUCGUGUGGAUGCGUUCCGCAACUACGAAGGUCUUGUAGUAAUCGCCAGUGGCCAUGGAAGAACAUGGACUGAUGGCUCCACUUCCCAAAACUUGAACUGGGUGUACCUGCGAACUAUAUCCAACAAUGCGUGCGCCGGAACCUUCGGAAAUUCCCUCAUUAACAACAACGCCAUUUGCGCUAGAUAUUUCAACGUCACCAGCCAGUCCACUUGUCAGGGUGAUAGCGGCGGUCCACUCGUCCACACCGACGUGGAUGGCGUGCCUACCCUCAUAGGCGUGGCGUCAUUCGUCGCCGGCGGCUCCUUCGGCUGCCACUCAGGGCUGCCAGGUGGUUUCAUCCGCCCCGGACCAUUCCACGAUUGGUUUACCCAGAUAUCUGGUCUUGACUUCGACAACCUCGUAGAAGAAGAUGAUGUGACUGAUCCGCCGCCUACUGAACCACCCGCAAUCCCUACUGAGGUGCCCACGACAACUACCCAGGCACCCACUACCACUACUACUCAAGCACCCCCCAAACCCGACACGGAGGAACCUGAAAACGAGACGGAAGCACCUGAGUCAGAAGAAGAUACUAACGAAGACUCAAACGAAGAAUCAGGUGACAGUGACUCCUCCGAAGACGACGAAGAUGAUGAUCCUGAGCUGAAGGAUCUGCUAAAGAGACUGGAAGUGCUCGUCAAGGUCAAAGUCAAGAUGAGCAAGUAUGGAAAUAAGCACAAGCAUGAAAUCAAACACAAACACAAUAAAUCUAUAUCGCAUCGUCAUUAAUAUGAUGAGAUGAGGUUAAUGUUUUUUAACACCGGAAACUAUAACACUGAUGUAAAUAAAUGUUUUGUAUUAUUUCGUUAA